AUGACGUCAAUUUAUCAGUUAGUGCGGCGAAUAAUCGCAUCACUCCUCUGCUUUUAUGGGCUGUCCAUCAAUUAUGUGCGUGCGGAUAUUCCCGGCAGAUUGGGUGGUUCGUAUAGUGCAGAACCGCUGGACGUUGGCAUUAGGUUCUACGGCGGUAAUGAAGAAUUCUAUCGUAAAGUCAAAGUGCUAGAAUCACUUUCUUGGUCUAUUAAGCGACUUAGUGAUGAUCUGACGCAAUUACUUCCGAAUAUACUCCUAUCUAAGGCUUCACCUGAAGUUAAAGAAGCAGAUGCGGAUGAGUGUCGUCAACUCAUGCUUGAUGUUAAACGCGUGAGCAGUCCACACAGGCAUUACACUGAACUAAGAAAGAUGCUCGACGAAUACCGUGCCAUAAAUAGAGGUCUUCAAAGAGAACAUGUAACGCCGGAAAGGUUGAGUGAACUUAGAAACGCUUUGAAGAAUCUGGUAGAGCGAUUCAAAGAUGAAGAAGAGUUCGCAUCAAUAACAUUAAAUUAUGACAACGCAUCGUAUUACAGAGACACCGAGAAAAGGGCAAAGAAGUUGUUUCGAAAAUAUAAGGUCCAGACAUCACAGUCGCCCGACUCUCACGAUCAAGGGUCAUCGGCGGAUAGAGGGGGGAAUGCAACCGCAAUCGACCCAGUUUUAGUGGGAGGUACAGGAGGACGCCAUAUAGAUGAAGGAGACAAUGCGCCAGCGCCUAAGGGUGGCAAUGAAACUACGCGAAAAUUACUCAACGACCGCUCUUUACUAAAAACAUUGGGUGACGUUGAAGAAAUGGUGAAACGCAUAGAGGGAAUAUUAAAUGCCCCUUUGAUGAAUCACAUAAAUUUAUACACAGCAGAUAGUGAUGUAUCUCCAUAUAAUGCAGUAAUUCUCGAUAUUCAAAAUCAGUACGACACGUAUUGUGACAACUUGAGAGACAUCGGAAAGGCAUGGGAUAUUUACACGCGUUACAACGAUAUCACUGAUGAGCUGAGAAAGAUAGAUCCGAAAUCCCUUAAAGCAUCAGAGUUGAUAGAAAAGCAACAAAAACUCGAGAUAGCUUUCGAGGAGUACGGAACACUCUUACAUUCCACCUAUCUGGGGGACAUCAAUCGGGCCGCGUCGAAUAUACUGGGGAUGCUGGAGUGCGUUGAAGAAGAGUUGAAUAAAAUCCAAUCUACACAUAGUAUGAGCAAACUCUCAUCACAGACAACCGAGGCUAAGGAACCCACACCACCAGCGCAGGCACCCAAAGCAAUUGACACCCCACCCAAACCGCACCCAAGCAAAUCAGAGGAACCUGCACCCAAACCACCUACAUCUAAGCAGGAGGAGACGACACCAAACACACCGGAGGAGCCUGUGCCACCACCACGAACACUGGAGUCGCAGGCCAAAGCAGCAACACCACCACAGGAAGUCAAGCCCGAAACCGAAAAUACCAAGACGAGCGAAACAAUACCAGAAAGAGAACCCAAUGGACCCACAACUACACCAAACAGACACCCAGGCAAAACAGAGGUCGUAAGCGCACCCUUGACAAAUUCGACCGAGCCAAAGUUAUCCACAUCCUUACCACACUCAACCAAGGCGAAUGAUACCACACCUCCACCACAGGAAAGCGAACAGCAGGAACCUACACCAUCGCCGGAGCCAACCAAUAAAGAGGUGGGCACAACCACAUCAAAAAAACAUGUGCCGAAUGGAACCACAAUUGCGCCAAAGGAAAACAAACCAGAGGAGCAGACGCCCAGAGCAGACGCGAGCAAACAGCAGGAACCUACACCCAAGCUAGAGCGAACAAGUAUGCAGGGCACGGGUGGAGGGAAAACCACAGGUGGGCUGGAUACAUCACAAACCACAGAGGGAAAUGUCGGCAAUAUACGUGACACGAAGGAUAGUAAAAUGUCAUCGGGGCAUCUGAUAAUAGGAAGAACGGUUAUUCAAAUCAUGGUAGCUGUUGUUCUAAUGGCGGCCCUAUGA